AUGAACGACGCGCUCGCGGACGCGGUCAGCGGCGACGUCCACGACGUGUUCGAAGCGCAGAAGAAGAUCGAGGAGCGAUCGCGCGAGCUCAGGGAGAAGAGCGUCCGGUUCGCGUCCGUGACGGGGGAGUGGACGCGUUUCCUCAACAACUUCGACGACGCGCUCCGAGGGAUCGGCGAUUUCGAGCGGUGGGUGAAGGAGGUCGAGUUCGACCUGAACAACCUCACCGGGGUGAUGAAAUACGUCGAGGAGGGCGCGGAGGAAGAGCGCGGCGGGGCCGACGCGGGGGAUGAGGACGGGAACGAGUGA